ACCGAAAAUAUAAAAGAAUAGAAAAAUUGAGGCCUGAAAAUUCGAAGGGCAGCUGAAUAUAGAAAGCCCCAUCGACAGAGACCUGCUAUAUAUACACACACACGCAGCCCCCACUUAUGCACAGAGUGGGAGGUGAAAAGUGCGUGUUUUUCCAUCUCAUCGUCUAAAAGGAGGAAACUCUGUCGAGAUCUUUUUGAUUCGAGAGAGUCUUUUUAACUCUGUUGCGCGUUGCGUAUUGGAAGCAUACUCUCUUUCUAGCAGUCUGGGAUUCAGUCUUUAAUUUCUUGGUUUACCUUGUUGUGCUGAGGGAAUCAAAAGGGAAUCUUGGUGAGGACCCAGUCGAAAAUCACACAAAAAUUUUUAUGGAGGCUUCAGUGAGUUAUUCACAGAGCAUGGAUGAUGAGUAUGAGAAAUUAAUCCGGAGAAUGCACCCUCCAAGAGUGGUUAUUGAUAACGAAUCUUGCAAAAAUGCAACUGUCAUUCAGGUGGACAGUGCCAACAAACAAGGCAUCCUUCUUGAAGUGGUUCAAGUCCUCACAGAUCUCAAUCUUGUGGUCACCAAAGCUUACAUCUGCUCUGAUGGAGGAUGGUUCAUGGAUGUGUUCAACUCAUUGGGGCCCGAUUCGUGCUUCGCGAGGUCAGUGGGGCUCAUGCCGGGCGAGGACCACACGUCGAUCGAGCUAAUCGGGGCCGACCGUCCGGGCCUUCUCUCUGAGGUGAGCGCUGUGCUGACUCACCUCAAGUGCAACGUGGUGACUGCCGAAGUGUGGACUCACAACACACGGGCAGCUGCCGUGAUGCGGGUAGAGGGGGAGUCCGGUGGGUCGAUCCACGACCCGGAAAAACUGGCUACUAUCCGCCGCCUUCUUUGCAAUGUGCUCAAAGGCAGCAGAAGCAACAAAUUGAGGGAUGCGAAGACGGUUAUUUCGUGUGGGGCCACAAAUGCUGAGCGGCGGCUUCACCAGAUGAUGUUUGAAGACCGGGAUUAUGAGAGGGCAGCAGAUGAGGAUGAUGAUGGGGACACAGACGUAAUUAGGCCGAGAGUGAACGUUGUUAAUUGGCAGGAUAAGGAUUAUUCUGUGGUCACGAUUAGGUGCAAGGAUAGGCCGAAGCUUUUGUUCGAUAUUGUUUGUACGUUGACUGAUAUGGAGUACGUGGUGUUUCAUGGGAAUGUGGAUACCGAUGGCCCGCAGGCUUAUCACGAAUACUGCAUAAGGCAUAUUGACGGGUCUUCAGUGAAAUCAGAUGCAGAGAGGGAGAGGGUGAUUCAGUGCCUUGAAGCUGCCAUACAAAGACGAGUAUCUGAGGGCUUGAAGCUAGAACUAUGCACGACAGAUAGAGUUGGUCUUUUAUCCGACGUGACAAGAAUCUUUCGCGAAAACAGCCUAACUGUAACUCGAGCUGAGGUGUCAACAAGAUCUGGCAAAGCCGUGAACACAUUUUACGUGCGUGAUGCGUCGGGAUAUCCUGUGGACCCCAAAAUCAUUGACUCCAUUCGGCAAACUAUAGGCCAAACCAUAUUACGGGUCAAAGGGUCAACCGAGGAGUCAAACCAAGCCCCUCAAGAAUCUCCCACCAGAUUUCUGUUCGGUGGCCUUUUCAAGUCGAGGUCUUUCUGCGCGCUGCUACUCCAAUCGUGGCCACGACCGUUCGCACGUCGCUGGAAAUGGGGGAUAAAAUGGGGCCUGCUGCUUCUGCCGCCGGAAAACGGCAGGUCUGGUGCGCACAAGAGGCUCGCUAGCGAUUCUAAGGCUUGGUCCGUUGGUGGUGAUGAUGGUGAUGGUGAUGGAGGAAAGCGACACUGA